UCACCUUCAAUUUUUGUCCACCAUCAUCCUGAAUUAGAUUAGCAUGCCGUAACCAGAUUAGGUGUAGAAGUUAACAAUUUCUAUUUAGAUCAAUUCUGUUUAUUAAAGAAAGAGUUGUGUAGGAAGUAAGAAGCAUGAGGUUCUUUUCUUCUUUACUGGUGUCUUUGUUGGCAGUUUUAUCUGUUAGUUCAGCAUUGACUUCUGACCAUCACAAGGAGAGUUUAACAGUAUAUGAAUUGAACUCUCAAUCACAUUCAUCAUCUGAAGCUCCAGUACUUAAUCAAAAGGAUUCAUUGUUAUACUUGGCUGAUAAAUUUGAUGUAAGUGACCAUUUCAAAUUGGGAAAUUCUCAAGAUAAGGAAGAAUUAAUUAAAUUCAUUGAUUCUCAACAUCAAGGAUUGGAAACUAAUUUAAAGCCAAAUUUAUUUAUAUUGAUUAGAGGAAUUAAGAAUGAUUUAUUCUCAGAUGAUUUAACUCCAACCUAUCAAAUCAGUGGCUCAAUUAAAGAUUCGUAUCAUUUACUAUUUAAGAAAUUUCCAAAGAUUCUUAAGAAAUUUCAUCAUAAGAAUGACUUAAUUGAAUUAACUAAUGAAAUCAAAUUAAUUAGUCCUAAGAGUGAUUCCAAUAGAUCAUUAGUAAAUCAUUUUAAAUAUUUCAAUGAUCAAUUAGUACAAAUCUGGCAAUCAUUUACUAGAGGUUCUGGUUCUGAUAAUGAAAUUUUAAUCUCUAAGAGAAAUAGUCAAUUGAAAUUAAUAAAUGAUAAAAUGUUCAUUAAUGAAUUAUCUCAAUUAAUUCAUUUGAAUGAAGCAGAUGUUAAUUCUCAAGAUAUUUUAUUUAUUGAAUUGAAUUCUUUAAUAUCAAUUGCUAAAAAAAUUGGUAGUGAAUCUUCAACUUUCAAAUUUAGUGGGAAAAUCUUGAAAGAUUAUUUACAAAUAUUAUCUAAGAAAUUUAAUAUUUCAAUACUUGUUCCUUCAAUUUCUAAUGAAGAUUCAUCAGCAUUAUCUAAAAAAUUGAAUAAAAGAAGUAAUGAAUUAAAUAAAUUAUUUCAAACUCAUAAAAAGAGACAAACUUCUGAUCAAGUUUAUUUUGCUUCAGAAGAAUCAUGUCAAACUAGUACCAAUAGUUGUGAAGGUCAUGGUGAAUGUAUUCAAGUUGGAGAUGAUAACUCUAAAUGGUUAUGUUCAUGUUCUUCAACCUUUAAUAAAUCAACUCAAAAGACUACAGUUUGGACCGGUUAUAACUGUGGAAAGAAAGAUAUUAGUGCUCAAGCUAAUCUUUUACUUUGGUCAAGUUUGGCAUUACUCUUAAUAUUAGUCGGAGGUGUUCAAUUAUUGAUUAGUAUGGGAAAUGAACCAUUACCUGGAGUUUUAGAAGCUGCUACAAUUCCAAAGAAAAAUCUCUAGACUAUAUUAAUUAUUUACUAUAAUUUACUUCUUGUUUAACUCUUUACUGUUUUUUAUUGAAUAGAUUGGCUUUAUGCCUAAUAUCAUCACAAUUAUCAUUAUCAUAAUUAUAUACAAGUCUAUUUAAAUAUAUCCUUAAAAUAUAAAUUUGUUAAGGCCCAAAGCCAUU